AUGCAAAGGUAAGACUCUAAAAAGGGUCCAUUAUCCCUAAAAAAUAUCAAGAAAUAAAGGUUCCUGGUGUAAGACGCUACUCAGGGUUUCCAAAGCCCUGACAGAUGCCAAAGUUCCUCCUCAGGGUCAAAAGGAUCCAUUAUCCCUGUCCUGGGAAUCCAAGGUACCAGUGCAAGAUGAUCUUCUGGGUUCAAAAAGUCCAACCAGGUUAAAGGAGUUCCUUGGACUGCUGUUUGUAUCAGAUGAAGAGGACAGUGUCAGCAGGACAAUCAGCACAGGAGAAACCAAUAGGAGCAAGAGGGUAAAUCGGAGAGAGAAGAAGAAGAGGAAUCAGGAGGAGCAGGGGUACAAACAGGAGGGGAAGCAGGAUGAGGAGGAGCAGAGCUAUAAGCAGGAAGAGGAACAAGGGGGUAAGAGUAAAUACAGGGUGGUUGGAAAGGAGGAGCAUCAGCAUGAUGAUCAGUCAAAGGCAUAG